CGUUCUUCACGGACUCUACGUAACUAACUUAAAAUGGCGGAGCUAAAGGAAGGGAACAGUGAGCAGCUUCACCAGGAGGACGCCAAUAUUAAAGCUGUUGAAGACCCACUGCAGAUGGAAGCAGCAUCUGAAAAAGAGAGCAAGCAGGUUUCUGUUAAUGAAGCCACGUCCACUGAAGCUGUGAAAAGUGAAGACAGUCAAUUACAGACCCCCACUUCCACAGGCUCUGAGAGGCAUGUGUCUAUUCAGACGACACUGGAGGGGCUGGAGAUACUAGUGGACUUAAAUGGAGCUGGUAGGAAGUCCUGUCCGUUGUGUCCAGAGGAGAAAUUCAAGGCCUGCUACAGCCACAAACUGAGACGCCACCUGCAGAACCUACACUGGAAAGUCUAUGUGGAAUUUGAAGGUCAGAGAAUGUGCAUUUGUCAUUUGCCCUGCAGACAGAUGAAGAACAGUCUAGGCUCAGACCAGAGUCAAGCACGGCUGGUUGCCCACUACCAUUGUGUUGUGUGCUCAGUCACCAUUGCCCGAAAAACAGACAUGAUCAGUCAUCUCAAACGGCAUGUCAACAAGGGAGAAACUGAAGCCAGCUAUUCAGGCACCUCAGAUGUAUCAUUUGAGGAUAUGGUGCCAGGUGGACAGGCCUAUGAGAUUAUGAAAGAAUUGGGCACAAAUGUGCAACUUAUGCCUAACCAUAGCACACCCCAGAAAACAGACACCUACUUCAACCGAAAGAUGAAAACCAACAGGCAGCUGGUGUUUUGCUCUCUUGCUGUUCUUGCUGAAGAAAGGAGUCCAUUGGAAUGUCUUGAUGCUUUUGGAGCCACAGGUAUAAUGGGUCUUCAGUGGGCCAAGCAUCUCCGCAAUGCUGUUAAAGUGACCAUAAAUGACAUCAAUGAAGCCUGUGUGAAGAUGAUUAAGGAAAACUGCCACCUGAAUCACAUCCGCGCAGACGGGGGACGCACGCCCCGGCAGCCGGAGGGGGCAGGGGACAGCGACACUCCCAUUGCCACUGUGGAGGUGUCCAAGAUGGACGCCAAUGUCAUCAUGCACCUGAGAGCCUUUGACUACAUACAUCUAGACCCAUUUGGAACAGCAGUGAACUACCUGGAUGCAGCAUUUCGAAAUGUGCGUAAUUUGGGGAUAGUAUCUGUGACCUCGACGGACACUGGCUCGCUCUACUCCAAAUCAUUGAAUGUGACACUCCGCCAUUACGGCUGCCAGAUUGUCAGGACGGAGUAUUACAGGGAACUGGCUGCACGAAUGGUGGUGGCCUCAAUAGCUAGGGCUGCAGCACGCUGUAAUAAAGGUAUUGAGGUGCUUUUAGCAGUGGCUCUGGAGCAUUUUGUGCUGGUGGUGGUACGGGUGCUCAGAGGCCCCACACAGGCCGACGAGUCGGCCAAGAAACUGCGUCAGCUCCUGCACUGCCAGUGGUGUGAGGAGAGGGUGUUCCUGAAGCCGGGCAGCAUGGUGGAGGAGAAUCUGUACAGACAGUUGCCUUGUCAGUGUCAUGGGAGCAUGCCAGGGAAGACUGCUGUGGAGCUCGGGCCUCUCUGGUCAGGCUCUCUCUUCAACACUGGCUUCCUGAGACGGAUGCUGGUGGCGGCAGUGCAGCACAGCAUGGAGGAUAUCCAGCCUCUAGUGAAGACUCUGAUCUGUGAGGCCGACUGCACCACACUCAAGUCCUUCUCUGUCACCGGCCACUCGGUUCUAGCCAAUCAAGUGGAGUGUGGUGUCGUCAUCAAAACUUUACAGAAGGUGGAGGAAGCUGACACUGCUGACCAAUCAGGAAAGAGGAAGACUGGAGAAGAAUCUAGUAAUGUUGUGAAAAAGCUAAAAUCAGAUGCUUCACUGGAGCAUCCUGCUUUCUACUACAGCAUUCAUCGCCACAGCAUCCGAGGCAUGAACAUGCCCAAAUUGAAUAAGUUCCUGCAGUAUCUGACUGAGGCCGGAUUCAGAGUGAGCCGCACCCACUUUGACCCCACAGGUGUUCGUACUGAUGCCACACUGGAGCAGUUUAAGUCUGUGCUUACCAAAUACAGCGUGCCCACCUACUCCUCAGCGCCCCCAGGUGGCACCCAGGGGCAUGGCAUUACCACAGAGGACACAGCCCACAAGACUGAUUGAUGGACUUUUUUUUAAGGAAUAACGAAGUUAAACAGAGUUUUUUGGAUGUUUUUAAAAUGUCUAUGUGACAGAGGGAUUCCAUUUAUAUCUGCUGAGUUAUGAGCAUACUUCCCUGCUGUGCUGCUCUGACAGCGCUUGCAUUUCCACUGACUCCGCAUUAACACAUUUCAGGAGGAUGUUUUGCUGAAUACAACACCAGGAUUUUGUUUCUUUGAUGCACUGAGACUUUGUGCCACCUGAGCUUUUGUCUUUUUUUUUUUGUGAAAAUGAGAAGGUUUUCAUUGGCAGAACAAAAACUGAGCCCACAAGCUUUCAGUAUCUUUAUUUAUUUUUUUGUGUUUAAGUGAGAGUAUUUAUGGGGGUUUUUUUUUUCACUUUUUGUCGCAGCUUUCUUUAUCUGCUUUUGUAUUCUUUUUAAAUUUGAUUUUCUGAAAAGAGCUGCAUAAACAUUCAUAUGAUCAGGAAUAAACUAUAAAGGCAU